UCAUCAGUGGUCUUCGGUCUCACUCUUUUCGUUUGACCGUCUCCUCCUCCGUCGUUGUCUUCCUCUCUCUCUCUCUCUCUCUCUCUCUCUCUCUUACUCAUCCCCUUUUUCUCUCUCCACCCCCUCGCCACGACGCCAUUGAUUACCUCUCUCAGAUCCGCCUCCUUCACUCGCCCCUCGUCAUCACUCGAAACCCUAGCUACGAUCGCCGCAGCCGACUCUCGCUCAGAUAGGUAAUAUCGAGUCGCUGGGUUCUUCUCAUAGUGAAAUUGUCCUUUAUCAGAAGCUCCUUGCAUCCAAUCGAUGAAACACAAAUAUUUAUCUUUUCCAUGCCUCCCACUAUAUUAGAAAGCAUGGGUUUGCUGUGCAGCAGGCCAAAACCUUUAAACGAGGCUCAUGUUGCAGAAAAUGAUCAGGCUGCAGAAAUAGAGAGACGGAUUGCGCAAGAAACAAAGGCUGAGCAACACAUCCAUAAACUCUUACUGCUAGGUGCUGGAGAAUCAGGAAAAUCAACAAUUUUUAAGCAGAUAAAGCUUCUCUUUCAAACGGGCUUCGAUGAGGCUGAACUUCGUAGUUAUACAUCAGUCAUUCAUGCCAAUGUGUAUCAGACAAUUAAAAUACUAUAUGAUGGAGCAAAGGAAUUGGCACAAAAUGAUUCAGAUUCCUCAAAGUAUGUUGUAUCUCCUACUAACAAGGAAAUUGGAGAAAAACUGUCUGAGAUUGGUAGCAGGAUGGAAUAUCCUAUUCUGACUAAAGACCUUGAACAUGAGAUUGAGAUCUUAUGGAAUGAUGCUGCUAUUCAGGAAACUUAUUCUCGUGGAAAUGUACUACAAGUUCCCGAUUGUGCUCAAUAUUUCAUGGAGAAUUUGAAACGUUUAUCUGAAGUGGAUUAUGUUCCAACAAAGGAGGAUGUUCUUUAUGCUAGAGUGCGAACAACUGGUGUGGUAGAAAUUCAGUUCAGUCCUGUAGGAGAGAGCAGAAAAAGUGGUGAAGUAUAUCGACUAUAUGAUGUCGGAGGCCAGAGAAAUGAGAGAAGGAAAUGGAUUCAUCUAUUUGAAGGUGUUAAAGCAGUUAUAUUUUGUGUUGCAAUAAGCGAGUAUGAUCAGGCUCUUUGUGAGGAUGACGCAAAGAACAGGAUGAUGGAAACUAAGGAACUAUUUGAAUGGGUUCUGAAGCAAACAUGCUUUGAGAAAACAUCUUUCAUGCUGUUUCUGAAUAAGUUCGAUAUAUUUGAAAAGAAAGUUCAAAAAAUCCCUUUAACGGUGUGUGAGUGGUUCAAAGAUUACCAGCCUAUGGCAACAGGAAAGCAAGAAGUUGAACAUGCAUACGAGUUCGUGAAAAAGAAAUUUGAGGAGCUUUACUUUCAAAGCACCAGGCCUGAUCGUGUUGAUCAAGUAUUCAAAAUCUAUAGAACAACUGCCUUGGAUCAGAAGGUUGUAAAGAAAACUUUCAAACUUGUCGAUGAAACAUUGAGAAGGCGAAAUCUCAUUGAGGCUGGCCUGAUUUGAGAGUAGUAUAUACCCGUCAAUUUGAAGAGCUCCUCGAGAUUUCUAUCUCUUUGUGUGCGUCAUUCCUUUUAUUGUGUCACUCCUUUCAGUUAUGCUCUUUGAUGAAGUAUUGCUCUGGAGAAUGGGUUUAAAAAUUUGAGAAGGCUAGUUAUUAUGUUUUUUUUCUUUGUUUUUUUUUCUUUUCUUUUUGUUCACUUAAUUGUGCGAGUAAGAAAAAAUUUCCACGGCGUACUAUUGUUUAUACCGAUUAUUAGAAAAAUGUCUCAUCUAUUUACUUGCAUAUGCUAAUUA